AUGGGCAAAUCAACGGAAUCUGCUGCGGGUGAAUCGACGGAAUCUGCUGUGCUCCGACUAUUGCGAACGAAGAAAAAUAUUGCAAGCAUCAAGCCUGAGAAGAAUCGUACUGUUGAGAUAUUGUUUAAUAAUAACUUUUUCUGUAGAUUUGCAAUUUGUGGGGGAGAUAAAUUAUUUGGUGGUCUUUAUGUUGUUCGAGUCAUGUGGGGGACUAUUGUUUACUGGUUUUCAAGGGAAAAAGAUGGUCUAUUUACAGUGAGGACUCACUUUAAUGGGUUUCUCACGAAUCCAGCAAGGCGGCAGUACAAAGGUGGAGAAGUGGCUACCAUUUACAAAUGUGAUCCAGACUACUGGUCCAAAAUAGAAGUGGACGAUUUUGCUGUGAUGAAGUUGGGUCUUGUUGCUGCGAAAUUAAGUUACUGCUGCCUACAACCUGGCAAGGGCAUAGAUGAUGGGUUGUUUCUUUUGUUUUGUAACGAUUCUGCGAAUAAAAUGGCGGCACUUGGUUUGAAAGAAACUUUGGUGGAUUUGUUUGUUGUCCAUAGUGAUGCAGGUGAGGAUGCUGACCUUGAAAUUCCUAUCAGUCAGCUUACACAAGAACAAAUAUCAAUAACAACUCAGAAGAUGGAAUCUACUCAUAAGAAUAGUCUCUCACCUAGGAUACCUGCAAGGAUGAAGGUGGCAGAUGUUAACUUUUCGAAAAUAAAAGAUCUUGUGAUUCUAGAUAGGGAAAAAUAUGAUAGUGAUGAACCUCCAGAGAUAGAAAUUUCGAAAAAAAUUCCAAGAUGUGGUGUAGAUCAUAUAAUUGGUUGCAGUGAUUUGGAUGAACCAACUGAUGGUGAAGGUGCGGAAGUAAAUGCCGACAAUGGUGAUCAAGCACAUCCUUGUGAGAAAUCAGGUGCUAGGGCAAAACAUGUUGAAGUUGAUGAAGGCAAAGCCACUGUUGGUGAUGAUGCACAACGUUGUGACAAGGAUGGUCACAGACUUAUGACAAAACGAUGCAAAGCAAAGGAGAAGACUAAAGCCAAUGGUGUCAAUCAAGAUGAAGAAUACAUAAGGGAAAAAGCAAAGGGAAAGAGAAAAGUUGACAGUAGAGAUGGAGAUGGCAAGCCGGGAGGUGUUGAGGAAACGGAAGAAGUGGAGCCAAAUGGAAGUAAAGAAACACCUGAUAGUGACUAUGAGCUUGAUGAUGAUCCCAAUGAAGGAGAAAGUGAUGGUGGUGGAGAAGAAUCUAACGAUGGAUAUGGGAGUGAGGAGUUUGGAAUUGAUGAUGCAAGAUUUGAAACAUAUGGUGGUGUUCGGGCUGCAAUACCAAAGUUCAGAAGGUACAAUGCAGCAACAAAUUAUAACAAACCAAAAUGGGAAAUCGGGUUGCGUUUUGUUCAAAACAAGAGUUCCAAGAAAUGGCCAAGCAUCAUGGAGUCAAAGAUGGGAAGAAGAUACGUUUCAAGAAAAAUGAUCAUGAAAGGUGCAAAGCAAUUUGUAAAGGUGGCAGUGGCAAUUGUCUGUGGACUGUCAGAAUCACUUGGAGACCAAAGUGUCAGGAAUGGUAGAUUGUGCAAAGGAGGUAACCAUACCAGCAGAUCUUGUCCUAAUAAGGCAAGUACAUCUACUGAGCUUGCUUCACAACCAAAGAAGACAAUGAAAGGUUCCUCAUCAAUCAACCCAGAACCUGCUAAAAAGGCAAAGAGAAAAGGUGUGGCAGAUGCAUCAUGCAGCAACCCAGAACUAGCUAAAAUGUUAGCAGUAGCAGUUUUGGGAGCAUUAAAAUUCACUAUAGUGGCCGUCUUUGGGAAAAGCCAUUCCCAUUUUAUGAUGGAGAAUGGCGUUGAGGCGAUUGUCGGUGAUAGGGGAGUUUCCAUUCUCCGCUCUGAUGCUCUAGCUGAUGACUCUAGAUUAAUCGUCCUUUAUGCCUUGAAUAAAGCGGAUGAAUACUGGUUUGCUCGGAACAAUAAUUCUAUGAUUAAUGAUGAUGACAUCAAUGGUGACGUAGAUCUCAGUUGCUAUUGUGAUGAUUGUUGGCUAGCUGAGCACUCUAGGCUUGAUCCAAACGUCGAAUUAGUUGAUGAUGAAGAGGAUGAUGUUUGUUCUUGUGAUGAAUUAGAUUGUGAAAUUUGUAAGACCAAUUUUCUCUAUGGUACCAGUGAUGCCAUGUGA